AUGGCCGAACCUGCAAGUGAGCCCCCGUCUGGACCCUCAGCCCACAGCUCACAUGUUUAUGAGUUCAAAGAAUUAGAUAAUGAUAACUUGAAGAACCAUCUGGCUGACGACGCAGCUUGGGCAUCUGACCUAAUUACAAAGCUGAUAACCACUGGCGGCGAUGACGCCAUGCGGCCUGGGAUAGUGAACGCCUGUGAGGGUCUCGCCUUCGUUAAAGCAGCUAAAGGCGGGCUGGGCUUAACCGUCGCCCGUGGAUCCGGAUUCGUCAUUCGCAAGCUAGACCAGGACCGUUUCGGCAACUCCCGCUGGUCACCCCCGGUGUACUUCACGGUGUCUCAAGUGGGUUUCGGAGCGGCGGUGGGAUAUGAGGCGGUCCAUUCCGUACUGGCGCUGAUGUCGUACAGCUCCAUCCUGAGGUUCACUCAGGACAAGACGGUGAUCGGCACGGACCUGGGACUCGUGACUACGGAAGGCGCGAUGGGGGGUGUGCCGGCUGGAACCUUUGGUCGUACAAGUCACAUGGACGUGCAGGCUGACAACAGCAGCACGGUGUUCGCGUACAGUCUCUCAGCCGGGCUGCUGGUCAAUCUUUCCAUCAACGGCACUGAGAUAUGGCCUAAUCAGGAGUUCAACAACAAGCUGUACGGCGAUACACCACUGGAGGACAUACUGAACGGCAAGGUCGGCACAUUUAAGGAGUUGCUUCCUCUGUACCGCAAGAUCUCCGAUACCGGCAGGAAUGCCGUACCAUAG